AUGAAUCAACGAAAUACAGCAUCGAACAAGAACAACAACAAAAAAAAAACACGGAAAAAAGUACAGUUUUAUCGAUACCUUGGAAAGGCGCAGGAAAGCAUUUGGUUCAUCAUUUUUAUUAUCUGGAAGGAAAAGAAUUCGGCUCUUUGGGUGCAAACCCGUUCUUUUGGCCGAUGUGGGAUGGGGGAUACUUUGCUCCCUCUCUUGACUCGCAAGAGGCGUUUACAAGCAUGGCAGAAGCUUUGGUACCUUUUUGGGGGGGAUGGCGUCCGAUCGACAGCCCGGGACCAGCUCUCGAGGAGACAGCCCGAAAGCUGGGGGGAUGAGGGAUGGGGGCCACUGAAGAAAGUGCUCAGACACCUGCAAUGUGCAUCUUUUUUCGCCACCGACAGGGGAGAGCUCAGGCCAUCGGAGCUCUCUACCUACAGCACAGCGCAGCACAGCACGGUCGAUGGAUGGAAUGCCAUGCACAGGACAAGCACAUUCACCCAUCAACUCGGUCCUCAUCUUGACAUUGGACGCCACACCACCAGCCUCGGGCGCUACUCCGAUGAUUAUCUGCAUGAAGAGUCUUUAUGA